CCGUCCUCCAGCGUCGAUAGGAGAUGGCUGCUCGUUCUCCUUCAACUUGCCUUCCUACCUUCUGCAACCGUCUUGAGACCGGAGACAGCGUCUCUCUUGAUAUUCUCUAACACCCGUUUCUUGACCGUCGCUAAACAGAAAUGGCAACAAAGUUUGCGCCGAACACCGUCGAGGAGCUCAAGGAGCUACUCAAGGACGACGCGAAAGUCAAGGUCGCAGUCGACGGUGUCCUGCGGGGCAAGUAUAUGUCUAAGGACAAGUUCCUCAGCGCGGUGACCGGUGGCGGUUUCGGGUUCUGCAGCGUUAUCUUCGGCUGGGACAUGCACGAUCUUGUGUAUCCGAAUGAACUCCUGAUCUCGAACCGCGCGAACGGCUACAAAGACCUCCUCGCGCAAAUCGACCUCGCGACAUACCGCCGCAUCCCCUGGGAGAAUAAUGCGCCAUUCUUUCUCGUGUCCUUCCUCGACCCUGAUACUAACGAGCCGAUCUGCGCGGACCCAAGGGGUGUGCUCAAGAAGGCUGUGGACCGCGCAGCAAGCAUGGGCUACCAGUGUUAUGCCGGAUGCGAGUAUGAGUACUUCCAAUUUCAAGAGACGCCGCAAAGCGUGGCGGACAAGAAGUUUACCAAUCUGCAGCCACUCACCUCCGGCAUGCACGGUUACUCUCUUCUUCGCACGCAGCUGAACAACACGUAUUUUAACGACCUCUUUGAUGAGACUGCCAAGUUCGAGGUCCCGCUGGAGGGACAUCACACCGAGACCGGUCCUGGCGUAUACGAGACUGCUCUUGCAUAUACUUCUGCCUUGCGUAUGGCCGACAAUGCACAACUCUUUAAGUUUGCGGCCAAGAGCAUCGGCAUGAAGCACGGGAUCAUGCCUAGCUUCAUGGCGAAGCCUUGGGGAAAUCUGCCUGGAUGUAGCGGGCAUAUCCACGUUUCUCUCCGAGAUGCGAACGGCAAGCCCAUCUUCGCUGUGUCUGAGUCCGACGCAAAAACUGGCAGGCAAGGUGCGGCGAAUCAGGAGACGAAGUUCAUAAGCCAGGAGGCCGAAUGGUUCCUGGCUGGCGUCCUUGACGGCCUCCCUGAUGUCAUGCCUACGCUUGUCCCGACAAUCAACGGAUACAAACGCCUCGUCGGCGGCGAAGCCUUUUGGGCGCCGAAUGCUGUGACGUACGGCUACGACUCGCGUGCCGCGUCCAUCCGCAUCAUCUCCCCGCCAUCGGCGCCGCCUUCAGCAACACGCCUCGAGAUUCGCGUGCCCGGUGCGGACAUGAGUCCGUAUUUCGCACUUUCUGCCAUCUUCUCACUGGGUUUGAGGGGAAUCGAGAAGAAGCUGAGCCUACCGGGCCCUCCGAUCAGCCAACUGAAACCCGAGGAUAAAGCGACGGGGAAAGUGCAGAUGCUGCCUGUCUCGCUUGAAGCUGCCACCGAACGUAUGAUGCGCAAGGACAGUGUGGCGCGCGAGGAGAGUGUCUUUGGAGACGAUUUUGUAGAUCACUUCGGUGGGACGAGACUGCACGAGGUCAAGCUGUGGAACGAGGCGGUGACGAACUGGGAAGUGGAGAGGUAUCUGGAGCUUGCCUAGGGCCAAGGGUGACGGCAGGAAUUUUGAAGAUCUGUACUUAUAGGACUGAGCUUGCGUUGAAGACUGCCCUGGUUAGGGAACAGUAAACCUCCGCCUCUGUGUGCUGAAUGCUACGACGGCUCUGUGAGCUCAACGGCAAGCUCUUCUGAGCAGUCGUAUCGCCCGACAGAAGGCCAUGUACACAAUGCGUGUACUUUUUAUCGUGUGCAGG